GAGAACAAAAUCCGACAUAUCGGGCCAAGAGGUUGGAGGGAAUGAGGUUGAAGGGAUGGGCGCUGUACGCAAAAGCUCUGGCGGGGAGCCGACUUCUUCGGAGAAGAAGCGCGAGCGACGGAGGGUGAUGCAAGAGGAGGUGGCGGAGGAAACCUGCCGCAUGAAUAGGAUGAAAGAACAAUCGGAGCCGGUUAUGGGCGGGGAUGGAGGUGACGUCGGAGAACGUGCCUUGGGAAAGAGGGCUCCAGGGAUGCGUGGCGGACAAGAACAUGGAGUCGGAAAGAGGCCGUCGAAGGAAGAGGGUGCGAUGGCAAGUAAGAAAGCGAGGAGGCCCGGCGGUUUGACCAUCCGCGAAGGACAAGCCAUAGGUGGAGGAGAUUCGGCUCAUCCAGGCGCUGCGGUCGCGAGAAAACCUUCGGGGAAAUCCAAAAGGAAAGUGGCAGCUGAAGAAGGCGAUGGCCAGAACAAACCUCGAAGGAGGAAGACUGCUGAGGCGGCGGGCGGUGGCGAACAGGCUGUCGGUAAGCAGUGCGACCAAGCGGCAGCGUUCUGGCUCGAAUACGAGCGGAACGAUGACGGUGAGAUCGUGGAGAAGGAGUUCCCCGUCCAACUGUUCAUCGACCCAAGGAAGGUCUGCGACAUCCCGCCUUGGGAGAGAUAUUACAACCACCACAGUCUCAAUCACGAAAAUGUGGAUCACAUCAAGGCUGCGAUGCUAAGUAAGUUCCUCAAGGAAAAGGGGAAGAUCUGGAUGAAAAACCCUUUGGUUCUGGCACCCAUCUACAACCCGGUGACGCAUAGGCCGGAGAUUGCUGACAGGGUACACAAAGAUGUCUUCAAGCCAGAGGACAAGGACAAGUACUACUAUUACCCUGUCAACGGACAACACACCAUGGCUGCUGUGAAGGAGUCAAUGUUCGAAUUGUGGAAGAUGCACUUGUGGCCGGUGAGAGUUGUUUGGUUCUCCGACGAAGAUUUCCAUGGGUAUGUUCAGGUCAGUCUCAACGAGAACACGAGACACAAGAUGUCUAAGCAGCGAUCGCAGAAGGCCGCGUUCGAGGACAUGCGGGAGGCAUGGGAGAAAGAAGGGAGGUCGGUUGCCAUUCAAGGCAACCCUUCCGGCAAGGAGGUCGAGAAACAAAAGUUUUUCAAAUUCCAAAAGCUAAUUUUGGGAAAGAGUCCGAACGACUCUCACUGGUCGUUGGCAAAAAAAGAUUUGACGCUCGCCGAUAAGAAGUACGUCGCUGCCGUUUGCAAUACAUUGAGGCAGUGGAUGCCACUCGUGACGGCCGGUGAUGACGUUUUCCGCAAAGGCAUGGAGUUCUACGAGAAAUGGGCGGAGGGGAAGUUGUUGGGCGGCGACGGGAAGACGCCAUUAUCGAGGCCCGACAAAUACAUGUUAGACAAAUCUCCGGGUCUUGAAGCAAUUCCGGAAAUGGGCUCGAAAGGGACGGCUGGUGAAACGAAGAUGGGGUGGCCGGACAUUUUCUGUUGGCAGUGUCUCGCUGACAUGACCGAUGCCGAAAAACUAUCGAUCCUAGACGACAUUCUCGGACUUAGGGGAGUGUUCGUGCAAUCGGCGGGCGGGCAUCUGAAACGUCAAUACAAACCUGGAGUUAAAGACAUGGUCGUGACGAGGAAAGUGGAUUGUGUGAUGCUCCGUUUGUUUCACUACAUCUUGUUCCUUGAAACGGAGGAGGACGAAGCUGUUACGCGCUACGGGAGCAUUUUUUUCCAGACCGAGGGGCAGCUUCUGGCGGAGUUCGGCCCGCGGGGCCUCACGAAACAGGUGUGGGUCGAACUGCGAAAGCAUUUCCAGGGCGCGGUGGAGUACGUGAACACUUGCAAACGUACUCUUCCGCACGAGAAGGAGUCCCUCGACGACGCGAAGAGAUUGUACGAGGAUGACAAGUUCCCUAAAUCUUUCGAAAAGUCUGUCUGGAAGUGGGUGCGCCAUGCACAAAAGCAGGUUACUGUCCGAGGAGGCAAUACGCUGGUUGAGGACUGUGACCGCCUGUACGUGAUUUUCAAUGGCGAGAACCUAGAAGACAACACAGUCGCAGUCUACCCGGCUAGUAGCCCGACAAAGGCUUCCUGUGCUCAUGGUCCAAGUCCGGCCAAACACGCUGUGGUGGCCCGCUCGAAAGCUGCCUGUUCGUCGGACCCAUCAGGACAGGCUGUGGCGUGUUUCGACGUGGCGGAGGAGGAGAGGUUCCCUCGUAGCAUGUGGGAGGAAGGCUGCAUGACAAGUGUUGUUGGACCUGCUUACGGGGAAACGGAGCGGAACCCGUCCCAUCUACUUCGUCUUCUCGAUAACUUUUGCAAAGCUUGCCAAACGGUUUUUUUCUUUGGGAAGCCGCAUGCAUUUGUCGUUUGGGAGCUCCUGCGCAACGGUCGGAACGUCGUCGCAUUGGAGAACGAGGCGAGGAUGAUCGACUACCUUGUCGAGUUCGUGAAGACACGCGUGGAAGACCGUCGCAAUGAUUGCUCUUUUGUCCUGACCACCGGCGAACGGAAAUGGGAUGCCAAACGUGACAUGUAUUGGAAAUUGCCGGGGAACAAAAGGACAGAGGUUUGGGACUUCCUUUUCCAACCCGGACCGCCAUCUCAGACCGACCUCGAAUACAUGAAGGACGCCGAUGGCAAGUGGAAGGGAAUGAAGAAACUGGGAGCCGGACAAUUUAAAAGAAAGGCAAGAGAUGCUCUGGUCGAGCAUUUGAGUCUUAUGAACCCCGAAAGGAGCGAUCGGGACGUCGCUGCGUAUGCAGUACAAAAGCUAAAUGAGUUGUAUGCCAAGAAAAUGUUGGAGUUUCGAGCGCCUUUCUACACACUCGAAACGGCACCGUCUCGUGGCAUUGACUGGCGCAUGCCGCCACCUCCGUCGGGCGGUCAGAGUCCGGGAAGGGGUGGAGGGGGAGACGAUGGAGACAGCGGAGGUGGCGGAGGAGACGGCUCACAAUUUGCCGGAAAGGCGACGGGCGUAACGUCAUCGGGAGAAAAGGCGUCCGGUGGAAAGGGGUCAAGCGGAAAGGUCUCGGGCGGAAAGGGGUCGGGAGAAAAGGCGUCCGGCGGAAAGGGGUCAAGCGGAAAGGACUCGAGUGGAAAGGGGUCGGGCGGGAAGGGGUCGGGCGGGAAGGGGUCGGGUGGGAAGGGUUCGGGCGGAAAGCGUAGAACGUCCGCUAGUCCCCAGUAUAUGGAAACUGACCCCCACUGCGUAGGGAGUCGAGAUUCCGACAUGCGAGACGUGGCCACCCUCAGGUCUGAUCAAAUGCGAGUAGAUUCGCACUUGUCUGCGAGGACUUUGUUUCCCAAUGCCGAGGAGAGUCCAUCCCGCCGUGCACAGCAGAGGUCUCCUGUGCUCAACACCUUGCUCGUGGAAGAGGGCGGACGUCUGCAGCAUACGGCAGCAGCUCCUAUGCGGCGAGACCAUUCCUUGAUAGGAACAACGUCAUCGUUUUGCCUGGAGUGCGGGACGCCUGCAUUGCGAAGGACCGAAGUCUUGGUGGAGGGACCCCCUGCAGGAGUGUUGGAGACCGGGUUUGGCGAGUACGAACGUCAUGCUUCGGAGGGUGUGCCACUCGACGUUUACAGCGAGAGUGCACCGACUCCUGGGGAAGAGGAGCGCUCUUCGGGAACGCGUGCUGUACAGCGAGAAGAGGAAACUCAACGCUGGCAGUCUCGCAAAGUAUUGGAAACCGGGGGUAGCGAGUGGGAACCUCAUGCUUCGGAGGGUGCAUCCUUGGACACAAACAACGAAAGUGCUCUGCAGCGGAAAGAGGAUACUCAACACUGGCCGGCUCGCGAAGUCGUGAAGGGGCUCGACGCAGGAGUGCUGGUCACCGGGACGUCCGAAGAGGUUCAACACAGUCGUUCGACUGUGCCCACGACGCGAGAGGGUGUCGUUAAGGGAGGCGGAGAACCCGUGGUGGAAGGCGGUGAGGUGAUGGUCGGCAUCCGGAUGGAUCCACAGCGGAAAGAUGAUGAUUCUUCGCCUUCCCGUUGCGUUGAAGAACAGGGUGAUCGAGCGUCUGUCCACAGUACCGGUCGGGAAAUGGUAGUUCAUAAAGCCAUCAAGUUGGGUAACGACUCGGCUUUCACCGAGCUUGUUAGCGACUCAGGCGUGGCCGAGGUGCACAACGUCGAAUCCUCCAUGGAAGGCGGUGAGGUUGCCGUCAGCGUCAAGAUGGAUCCAGAGAGGAAAGAUCAUGAUUCUCCGUCCACCUGUUGCGAUGAAGAACAGGGUGAUCGAGCGUCUGUCCUCAGUACCGGUCGGGAAAUGGUACUUCAUGAAGUCAUCGACUUGCCUAGCGACUCAGCUGCCACCGAGCUGGUUAGCGACACAACCGUGGCCGAAGUGCAGAACGUCGAAUCCUCCAUGGACGUUGGCGCAGUGGCGCGACAGGAGGACAAUUUCCCUCAAAGGGCGCCCGACCAUGGUAAGAUUUGUGAAUAGGAGCACUUGCAUAUCUGUCAGUAGCCAGCUCU